CAAUAAGGCCCGCCUAUGCCCAACGCCAAUUGCUCAAAUUUAAUCAACGCGGUUUGUUAUUGGCUCAUCUUGGUGUCAGUUUCUUUGUGCGGCUUUCAGAUAGCACAGCGCCCAGAGGGGGGGCAAGACGAUAAGCGGUGUAGUCCUCACGAAGGAACACGGAGACCUCAAGUGCCAUGCUGGACUCUCAUCACAAUGGGAGAGCAUCAAACUUACGUGAAGCUCAGUGCAGACAAACAAAUCCCCAAAUCGGACAUCCUGUUGUUGCUUCGCACAUACAAUUGCUACCAUGCAGGCAAGAACUUCCAGUUGAGGACUCAUGAGGAGGAGGAGGGGGGCCUCAUCCUGGAAGGUUUGUUGAACAUCCACUGGGGUCUACAUCGACCAAUAAGACUUCAAAUGUACGACGACAACGAACGACUGCGUCCCAACCGGAACACCAUGUCUGUAAUUGCAAAGCCACGAUCGACAGAGUCGAACAAUAAUUCACUGAGCAGUGAAAGUGGAACAGCAGGGGUGGAUGUGGAGGGCAUGCAGGAGUUAGAAGAGUGUCCACAGCUGCUAAGGACCAGAAGUGACGCUUCCUUCAUGCACGUCCAGAGGAGGUCAAGGACAAACACUGCCAGAGACCUGCAGCGUUUACGCACACACAGGUUCUCCAUCAACGGACACUUCUACAACCACAAGACAUCUGUGUUCACUCCGGCCUUUGGUUCAGUCACUAACGUGCGAGUAAACAGCGCCAUGACGACAGCGCAGGUCCUUAAUAUGCUGCUACAAAAGUUUCGGGUGGAAAAUAAAUCUGAAGAAUUUGUUCUUUAUAUGGUCCACGAGUCUGGAGAGCGGACCCAAUUGAAGGAUAGUGAAUACCCGCUGGUGACCCGUGUGCUUCACGGACCUUGUGAGAUGAUAUCCAAGAUCUUCAUCAUGGAGGCCGACCUGGGAGAAGAAGUCACCUAUGAUGUUGCCCAGUACAUCAAGUUUGAGAUUCCAGUUUUGGACAGCUUUGUGGAGAAACUAAAAGAAGAAGAAGAGCGGGAAAUAAACAAACUGAUAAAAAAGUACAUCAAAUUGAGGUCAAUGAUUGUCCAUCAGCUGGAGGGCAAGACUCACUCCUGUGACCCAGUAUAAAAAUAUGUGUGGGUGUGUUUGUAUGUGUGUGCGCGCGUGCGUGUGCAUAAUGUUAUUUAUAUAUAUCCUCAAUUUUUAUGACACAUUCUUACUGCUUUCGAUUCAUACAUGCAUUUUUUUGUAAUGUUUUUCAUGACUUAUGUAAUAAAGCAACUGUGUGGCUUUAAA